AUGCCUAUGUUUCAUGACCAGUACGUAGUCUACGUGGCAUAUCAACGCCUGCUUGGCGACCGGACCCUCGGUCCCCGUUUGCUCAAGCAUGAUCCAUCUGUAGUUUCACUCCCAAGGGUGGCGCACAAUACCGACGGUAAGCGGUCCAAGUCGGUGCUGUCACCUUUCCGUGAUGGUGCCACAAAGCCGGUGUUCGAGAAGUAUGGGACCGUCCCUGACAUGCUCGCCAUGUCGCACGCGAGCGACGCUGGCCUCGCCACUGCUCCUCGGCGCCUCUCCAUCCGCGGAACGUUCUUCUCCGACCUCUACCCAGAACUUCUACUUGGGGUCUGGGAGAAGUACGUGGCUUUCACGGAAGGGAACGAGGACGUCAAGGUCAGUGCCGUCCUAUGGGACCUGACAUCUCCGGCCAAACUCGCAGAAGUCGAUGUAGACGCCACUGCGCUGAAGACGCGUGAGUCUCAUUACUGGAUGGCUGUUCAAAGCAGAUCCACGACUGACGCAUUCGUCGCCGCUGUGCGCGAGAUCACCGCGUCCACUGUAGCCUACGUGUGCGAGAAGAACGCGCAACUUUCUUGCCGAGGCCUCGGCUGGUUCGUCAAUCUCUGCGCUGGUGACGAAAAGGUUGAGGACGUGUUUGGGCGGCACUUGCCCCGCCUGCGUGAGGCGAAGCGGAACUAUGAUCCCGAACAGAUAUGGAAGAAGGGGGUUUUCGCUGAUGUAUGA